UUUUAACAGAGAGCUACUGUUAGGUUCAUAAAUAGGAGUUAUAGCUUUAGGCUAUAGGGUGGGACUUUUUCCUAUAGUUCAAUCGCUUUCGCGCCUUUGCUUCCCCACCAAGCAAGCUAGUCUUAGAAAUCCCUAGCUCGACAGAUGGACGGCGCAUUCCCUAGCAGGACAGGGGAGCCGUUUCAAGAUUCUGGCGACGGCCAGGGACCUAAGCCUCGGGGCUUUAGGGGCACUGCUGAAAACGCCAAGACCAAGGUUUGCACACGGUGGUUGCAGGGCGAUUGCCGGUUCGGUGCUCGCUGCAACUUCGCACAUGGCGAACACGAACUGCGGAAGCUGCCUGAGCGGCAAGGUGGCCGUGGUGGUGGCCGUGGCGGUGGAUACAACAACUAUGGCGGGCCUGGGCGGGGAGGUUACGGUGGUCGUGGCCAGGGCGGCUAUCCAGGCCAGGGCUACGAAGGCGUAGGCUACGGGCAACCCCAAGCCGGUGGGCCGGGCGUCGCCGAGGACGUUUGGGCCGCGCAGGGAUUCCCCGUCCAGGGGCCCAACGGAUGGACCAUGUAUCGCACACGCGAUACCGGGGAGCCCUAUUACCAUAACCACCGGUCUAAUGAGACAACAUGGGACCGGCCCGCGGACUGGCCCAUCACAAUGUGACAAGCUUGACGGUAACAGCAGUAUUAGUGCGGAUAAUUAUCUGCGCUUCAUAAUAGACUGACGACGUCGUUGCUGGAAUGGAAAUCUUGUGGAGCAGUAUAAGGAGACUGCAUGUGAAACAGAGUAUUGGCCUCGGCUCCUUCUAAUUGCUUUUGCGCUUUUACCACUUAGCCCGCGACUUGCGCCUGCUUAUUGCGGCCCCAGCGUUAGCACUAUAGAGCUGAGGGUGUUGUGUAGCAGCGCGGCGCCUUCUUGGUCGUCCUGGAAUAGCCUUGACUAGCCUUGAUUAGUUCUAGCAACCUCCGCUGCUUGUGCGGUAGUGGCAUCAUGGCGUAAGACACUUAGCCAUUCGCGUUAAUCGUGGCCUCCGUUGCGGGCAACAGCUCAUGCUCUUGAAGUUAGUGGGGAUUACUUGACAGACCACCUGAGACUUUACGGCGGACCUUGUAGCUUCGGAAGGCGAGCAACGCAACUCGUGUGUAUGAUGUAUUGUUCAGCACCUUAAUGGCAAUGAUGUGUUUGCCACGGCAUUUUGCAUGCACCGUACAGUAUGGGACUGUCUGUAUGAGCCCAGGCACUGUUGGUGUAGUUCUGUGGGUGGUCGGUAUCUUUCUUGAGGUUGCAACGUGCAAACCUGGCGUGCCGCGGACAAACAGCAAUGACUCCUCGUUGCUUGGUAUCCAGGGCCAGUGCACAGUGGUUACAUGGCCUCACAACCAUGCGUGCAUGGAAGCCGUUGAGGCGCAUUUGUUGUAGUGGUUACGGGGCAUGAUGGGAGAUACC